GCCCAACCUCCGCCGCGCGGCCCGGGAUGGGGCCCCGUUCCGGGGCGCGCCGCCGCCCGGUGCUGCUGAGGGCCGUGUCCGCGGCGAGGGUCUGAAGAGCGGCGCCCCGGGGAGGUGGACGGCCAGGCGCGGGGACUGAGCGCUGGGUGACCUUGGCGGGGCCGGGCUGGCUCGGCCGCCAGACGCGCAGAUGUUUUUAAGCCAGCAAACAUUUAUUGAACACCUAUUACAUACAAGAUGAACAUCUGCAACAAACCCUCCAACAAGACCGCCCCCGAGAAGACUGUGUGGACAGCGGCUGCGGCGAAGGCCAGCAGAUCCUCUUCAGAGGUGCUGGGCCAGCUGUCGCGCCGGAAUGGGUGGAGCUGGCCCCCGCACCCCCUGCAGAUUCUGGCCUGGCUGGUGUUGAUCUUCUUCGCUGUGGUGGGCUUUGGGGUCCUCCUGCCCCUCCUGCCUCGCCCCUGGUUGUCUAUUGGCUACGCUCUUCUAGGUGCCAUCUUUCUCUGCCACCUUGUGGUGCAUCUGGCUGCCAUCACCAUAGACCCAGCAGAUGUCAAUGUGCGGUUCAAGAGCUAUGCAGGGCCCUUGCCUGUCUUCAACCGCAGUCAGCAUGCACACGUCAUCGAGAACCUGCACUGCAACUUGUGUGAUGUGAAUGUGAGCGAGCGCUCCAAGCACUGCAGUGCUUGCAAUAAAUGUGUUUGCGGCUUUGACCAUCACUGCAAGUGGCUAAAUAACUGCGUGGGCGAGAGGAACUACCGGCUCUUUCUGCACAGUGUGGUGACCGCUUUACUGGGUGUCCUGCUCCUUGUGGUGGUAGCCAGUUAUGUCUUUGUGGAGUUUUUUGUCAACCCUAUGAAACUGCGUACCGACAGCCACUUUCAAGACCUGAAGAAUGACACUGAUAGGUGGUUCAUAUUUCUACCUGUUGCCCCUGUGGAGACCCGAGCUCCUACCAUCCUAGUCCUGGCCAUGCUUCUUAUCCUGCUGGGCCUGCUCUCCAUCGGCCUGCUUGGCCACCUGCUCUGCUUCCACAUUUAUCUCAUGUGGCACAAGCUCUCCACCUAUGAGUACAUCGUGCGUCAUCGCUCACCGCAGGAGGCAAAGCCCCCUGACUUGCAGGAGCUCAAGACCUGUCCCUCAGCGAGUCAGCCUAAUCAGAGACCGAAGUGGUGGGAGAGACUGAAGUGCGGGUUUUCUAUGGGCGAAGGCGAUGCAGCGUGCACUGAGAAGCGGGUGCGUGCCUGCUGUGACCAGCCAGAGGCUGGAAUCCCAGAAGGGGCGGAGAGGGCCGGGGUGGCUGUCUCCUGGCCUGGGCAGAGGCUGAGCUGGAAGAACAUCCUGAGAGGAGGUUCUGUGGCCAGGACCGGGUGGGCCCACACCGAGCCCUCCUGCCCCCCUGCCCUCCACCUUCCCCAGGAGACGGACUUCGUGCGGCCCUCUGGCCAGGUGCGCCCCGAGUCACCUGGCCAUGCCAGGCUGGCCACCCUGAACGCCAACUCCUCAGGCUUCUUAGCGACCAGUGGCCAAGUGGAGCCUCUGCCACCCUCCUCCCGAGACAUGCUGGCUCUGCCCCCCAGGAUCAGACCCCAGGAAAAGAGGAAAAGACGUGUGUGUAAGGUGCCAAACUCAGUGGCUCCCGGACAGACGGGGUUCCUGGCCCCCGGCGACAGCCGCUCCAGCUCCCCUUCCGAUUCCGAGGACACCAGCUCGGAGCUAGAGCGAGCGGCCGGACCUGCCGGCGCCUACCACGCGGCGUCGGCCGAGUCGAUGGACGAGAUCCCAGUGGCCCAAACGCGCCUGGGCAGCGCCGCUCUGGCGGCCCCCGGGGCCAAGGGCCGGGAGCCGGCGCUGGCGCUGCAGGCACGUGCGCCCGCCGUGUUCGUGAGCCUGAGCAGCGGCGAGACGGGGGCGCCCGGCGGCGAGGCCCGUCUGCCCUAGCCGUGCCGAGGCACAGGGCCGAAGAGGAGCGGCGGGCCCGACUCUCUCUCUGUCGCCACAACGAAUGCACUUUAGGGGCGCCUGAGGCCGGCGGGAUCGGCCUCCCACCCACCCCCCACGAUUCAGCAAUACCCGCCCCAACGACUAAUGCGCCAAUAAACUUUUUUAUGCUUUUGCGAA